AUUUUAAAACUCAAAAUUAAGAAUGCAAAAACAUGUUUCAAGCGAUGGAAACAAUCAUGUGUUCUCCAAAACAGAGAUGUAGCUUCUGGGGUUAGUCGCCACUAAAUUCUCCUGCUCACAGACGUUCUGUAGUUUCAGUGCCUAAAAGAAGAAUACAAAUCUACUGCUCUUUCGAGACUCACUGUAAAUCUAAUUUUAACGGCCUCAAGAUGCUGCUAAAGUAGCAACAUUUUGAAGAGAUCAAAAACUUUCAUGUGAAAAAAAAUAUACUCUGAUAUGUUUCUGCUUCCCAAACAUUUCUGGAGACCAAGGUAAUCGUAUGUGUGUCUCAAGGAGAGGACUGGGCAGCCUCAGAUCUAAGCACUGUCUUCGGCUCCCCCAUCAGCUGUGUGUUGAUAGCAGGUCAUAGCAAGGUUAAUCGUUUGUUUGACGAAUUUCCCUAAAUGUUUAAAUAGGAGAUUCAGCCUCUCGUGUGUACCUUGCACUCAGCGUCUUACUAAAACACACACCCAGGGAUGCACAUGUAAGCCGGAUACUGGUGGAAAAAGAAAGAGAUUUCUGUGAGAAUGUGAAGGCAGACCUGCACCCAGGGCACUCGGAGGGGUAUCCGAUUGCUAAUUUAGUGGAUAGUGUUGGUUUUCAAUUCUGAGCUGAAACACUCAGAGAUGACAGCUCUCUCUAGGAUUUCCCGGGGCCAUCUGCUGUUGUAGAGCAUAAAUCGUAAAUUUACCUUUGAACCAUCAGAGCCUCGCUGGCCUGUCCCUUGCCACUCAGACGUCCGGGCUCAAUGGGGUACAGAAGGAGAGGAUCGGUAGAAUAGACAGUGGGAUCCUUGUCCGGGAGUGACUGCCUGGCAAUUGUUUCAUGGAAAACAGGGAGGGGUGUGGGACAACAACCCUGCUCUGUUCACUGGCUCUUUAAUUUAGAUUACCAAUGAUAAAGCCGGGGCAACGGCUAAAGAAAGGUAGGAUGCAUACGCAGACAUUAGUGCUAAUGUGCUGGAGAAAGACAAGAUAAAUCGGUCCAGCUCUCAUACAUCACUAAGGGGGAAGCUGAUUGCAACUUGACCAUGUGCCUGAGUGGUCCCAUCAGUGAGCAGAGGAGACCAUGGAUUAAAAAAAACUAGGAUGGACCGUUAGGGCUACCGCUGUGCAGGAGCUGGGAGCGCUGUCUGGUAAAUACCGACAGUAUAUGGCUGGACUUCUGGCUCCUCCUUAUGGUGUUAUGGAAACAGGUUCUAACAACGACCGGAUUCCCGACAAGGAGAAUACACCUCUCAUUGAACCUCUCGCUCCUCUCCGUCCUGCUAACACCAUUACCAAGGUCCCUUCAGAGAAGAUCCUCAGAGCUGGAAAGAUUUUACGAAUUGCCAUUCUCUCUCGAGCUCCCCACAUGAUAAGAGACAGAAAAUACCACCUGAAGACGUACAGACAAUGCUGUGUUGGGACAGAGCUGGUAGACUGGAUGAUACAGCAAACGUCCUGUGUUCACUCCCGGACCCAAGCUGUUGGCAUGUGGCAAGUCUUGCUGGAAGAUGGUGUCCUCAACCACGUGGACCAGGAACGCCAUUUCCAAGACAAAUAUUUAUUUUAUCGAUUUCUGGAUGACGAGCAUGAGGAUGGCCCUUUGCCUACUGAGGAAGAGAAGAAGGAGUGUGAUGAGGAACUCCAGGACACCAUGCUGCUGCUGUCCCAGAUGGGCCCUGAUGCCCACAUGAGGAUGAUCCUGCGCAAACCGCCUGGCCAGAGGACUGUGGAUGACCUAGAAAUUAUCUAUGAUGAACUCCUACAUAUCAAAGCCUUAUCCCAUCUUUCUACCACAGUGAAACGGGAGUUAGCGGGUGUUCUCAUUUUUGAGUCUCAUGCCAAAGGAGGAACUGUGUUGUUUAACCAGGGGGAAGAAGGUACCUCCUGGUACAUUAUUCUAAAAGGAUCAGUGAAUGUAGUCAUUUACGGCAAGGGUGUGGUCUGCACCCUGCAUGAGGGAGAUGACUUUGGCAAGUUAGCUCUCGUGAAUGAUGCCCCACGAGCUGCCUCCAUUGUUCUUCGAGAAGAUAAUUGUCACUUCUUAAGAGUCGACAAGGAAGAUUUCAACCGGAUUUUGAGGGACGUUGAGGCGAAUACAGUCAGACUUAAAGAACAUGACCAAGAUGUCUUGGUGCUGGAGAAGGUCCCAGCGGGGAGCAGAGCUUCCAAUCAAGGAAACUCACAGCCUCAACAAAAGUAUACUGUGAUGUCAGGAACACCUGAAAAAAUUUUAGAGCAUUUUUUAGAAACAAUCCGCCUCGAGCCAUCUUUGAAUGAAGCAACAGAUUCGCUUUUAAAUGACUUUGUUAUGAUGCACUGUGUUUUUAUGCCAAACACCCAGCUUUGCCCUGCCCUGGUGGCCCAUUACCACGCACAGCCUUCUCAAGGUACCGAACAGGAAAGACUGGACUAUGCCCUCAACAACAAGAGGCGGGUCAUCCGCUUGGUUCUGCAGUGGGCCGCCAUGUAUGGGGACCUCCUCCAAGAAGAUGAUGUGGCCAUGGCUUUCCUGGAGGAAUUCUAUGUGUCUGUAUCAGAUGAUGCCCGGAUGAUGGCUGCCUUCAAGGAGCAGCUGCCAGAGCUGGAGAAGAUUGUCAAACAAAUCUCAGAAGAUGCGAAAGCCCCACAGAAGAAGCACAAGGUGCUUUUGCAGCAGUUCAACACAGGGGACGAGAGGGCCCAGAAGCGCCAGCCUAUUCGUGGUUCUGAUGAGGUUUUGUUUAAGGUCUACUGCGUGGACCAUACCUACACCACCAUCCGGGUGCCUGUGGCUGCCUCCGUGAGGGAGGUCAUCAGUGCGGUGGCCGACAAGCUCAGCUCUGGGGAAGGCCUGCUCAUAGUCAAGAUGAACUCCGGAGGAGAAAAGGUGGUGCUCAAACCUAAUGAUGUUUCAGUAUUUACGACGCUCACCAUUAAUGGACGCCUGUUUGCCUGCCCGCGAGAGCAAUUCGACUCACUGACUCCCUUGCCAGAACAAGAAGGCCCAACCACCGGGACAGUGGGAACUUUUGAACUGAUGAGCUCGAAAGACUUGGCAUACCAGAUGACAACCUAUGAUUGGGAACUCUUCAACUGUGUGCAUGAGCUGGAGCUAAUCUACCACACAUUUGGAAGGCAUAAUUUUAAAAAGACCACAGCAAACUUGGAUUUGUUCCUGAGGAGAUUUAAUGAAAUUCAGUUUUGGGUUGUUACCGAGAUCUGCCUUUGUUCCCAGCUCAGCAAGCGGGUUCAGCUUUUGAAAAAGUUUAUCAAGAUAGCAGCUCACUGCAAGGAGUACAAGAAUCUGAAUUCCUUUUUUGCCAUCGUCAUGGGACUUAGUAACGUUGCCGUGAGCCGCCUGGCACUAACGUGGGAGAAACUGCCAAGCAAGUUUAAGAAGUUCUAUGCAGAGUUUGAGAGCUUAAUGGAUCCUUCCAGAAACCACAGGGCCUACCGACUGACGGCGGCUAAACUGGAUCCUCCUCUCAUCCCUUUCAUGCCCUUGCUUAUUAAAGAUAUGACAUUUACUCAUGAGGGGAACAAGACGUUCAUUGACAAUCUAGUAAACUUUGAAAAAAUGCGCAUGAUUGCAAAUACUGCCAGAACAGUGCGCUAUUACAGGAGCCAACCCUUCAACCCUGAUGCCGCUCAAGCUAAUAAAAACCAUCAGGAUGUCCGGAGUUACGUACGGCAAUUAAAUGUGAUUGACAACCAGAGGACUUUAUCGCAGAUGUCGCACAGAUUAGAGCCUCGCAGGCCGUAGACGUGGGAAGCGCCCAGAGCCAUGUUUGGUCUCCAGUCCACAAUCUUUCAAAAAUGCCCUGGAUGCUACUGCUGACUGUUUCGCCACUUGAGAAUUCUCCAGAAGGAGCAGAGACACACCCUGAGACUCCCCCCUCAGGGCCACAUCCGGCUUUCCAACCACACCUCGAGAGAAGAAGUGAUUUGACUUGUGUAACGCUGACAUGCCGUAGCUUAGGAAUCCUCAGUUAUAGUCACCCUCGUUCAUUCCCAGCCAUGCCAUCGUCAGGCUCACAUGAAGAAAUAACAUUGGCGAGGGCUACAUCAAGCCCCUGACAUCCCUUUCCCGCUGUUUGCAGUAUGAGACUGCCCCAUGGGUGGGUUGACUUAGAUACAUUGGUGAUGAUAUAAUUGAAUGAUUUUUUUUUUUUACUUAGCACCUUGACUUGGGCAUGGGGUCUGGGGAGGGCAUUGAGGAAACCAUAGACGUCCAAAUUAUAGGUCGUAUUCUUCUGUCUUCAGAGUCUUACCUCUGAAGG